AAUUGCAACAAUACUUGCAAUUCAAGUGAUAGAUAAAAAAAAAAAAAAAUAUAGAAAAUGAUAGAAAAUAAUUAAGUGAAAGAGUAAAAAAAUCACGUGCAACACUCGGCCUAGUGGCACACUUCUUCCGGCAUUUGGGAUGUCAUAAAGAGCGCAUGAGUGAAUGUGAUAAGUGUGAUUGUUUGCGAUAGUGAAUAAGAGAAAUAAAUAUCGCGAACAGAUUUUUAGCAAGGGUAAAAUAGGAACUGAGAAGAGAGGAUAAAAGAAAAACUAAAAUAUCCUCGUUUGCCUGAUGGUAUUGUCAGCAAAGGACAGUAUAAAUGUGCGCAAGUUUUUACACUCAAACAGGAUGGAAUCCAAUGCGCCGUCGUUCAUCGAUCAGACUGGGAGUCUGCUGGACCAAUUUUUUUUUUUUUUUUUGUCCUCUCUCAUAAUUAAGCUUGGAGCUUUUAAGCAGUCUCUCUUUCAACCCUUUCAACCCUCUGGCGCACAUUUUUUUAUAUGCGCGCACGCAUGUUUUAUAAAUAUAUGUUUAAUAAAUAUUGCUGAAGAUUGUCCUCGGCAAUGUCAUCAACACCAUCAUCAAAUUCUUCAUUUAUUUAAAUUUUGUUUUAGGUUUAAAUUUUUUUACAAUACAGAUUUUUAUCUGGUAUAUUAUCUAUGAAAUGAAAUUCAUUUAAUUGACAUGAUGUUUUAAAAUUAAAAUGAAAACAACUUCCAAUUGUUUAGAAUGAAUCUAACUUCAAGAGAAUCAUCUUUCAGUUUCUCUUUUGUUAUUUUUUGACAGUUGCAAUUUUUUCAUUUAUUUAUUCAAAUAGAAAAAUGUCUGAGAAAGUUGAUGAAAUUGCCCAGAAUAUUGUAGAAAAUGCAAUGAUGGAUGCUGUCGAUGUUUCAAGAGCUCAAGUUCCAAAUGAAGUUAUUGAGGUUGCAAAUCAACAAGAAAGUGUUGCAUCAAUAAAUAAUAAUUCAGAUGAAAAAGUUGGACAAAUUGUUCAAUCAGUCACAGAGCUAGCUGGUCUUGUUCGAGACUUUAGUGAUGAUCUUCAAAAUUUUCAGAUUGGUGAUUAUGUAUUGAGUGUUAAUAUUACACCAUUGGAAAUUCAACUUAAACGUGCAAUUAGUAAUUUGCAUUUGUCAGAAGUUGAGAGUAAAAAUAUCAUACAUCCAGGUGAUGGAAAAGUUGAAGUGUCAUUGUCAUCAGAAGCAUUGACAACACAUGCUGAUAAUGUUGAUCAAAAUACAGUUAUACCUGUCAACAGUGAAAGAGAAAUUAUUAAAAAACGGAUGACUUUUGUUGCAAGACUCCGAAGGUUCUUCCGAAUUGGCAAAAGUCCUACUAAAAAUUCAUAGAUAUUUAUCUUUACAAAACUAAAUUCAAUGUUAAAUAAAUUUUGGCUUUCGAAAUAAAUAUUUUACAUAAAUA